AUGAAUUUGAAUAUUGAAAGUCAAAAUGAAGUUACAGAAAACUCGGAGCAGACUGAUCCAAUGAUAGUAUUAGAAGAAGCAUUAACUCUAUGUAAAUUUGGUAAAUUCCAUUUGCGACUUUUAUUUGCGUCGUUUUGCGCCAUCAUGGCCACUAUUUCUGUAGUAACUACCUCCUCGUUUAUUCUUCCAAUUGCCGAAUGUGACUUAAAUAUGGAUAUGAUGCUAAAGGGAUGGUUAAACUCUAUGCCAUUUGUAG